AUGGAAGGGUUUAUAUGGGUUGGCUUCGUAGGGGGGGAGGAGAGGAGGGGGGAUCUGCAGCGGAGCCUGAUCAUAUCAUUGCUGCAGCUGUCUGGGAAGUGCAAGUUGACAGUGGGAGGAUUCAAGAGGCGCUUGCUCGUGUCUCUACUGUCUGGGAAGCGCAAGCUAGCAGUGAGUGAGUUCAAGGGACGCUUCCUGCUCUCUGGGAAGCGCAAGCUAACAGUGAGUGAGUUCAAGGGGCGCUUGCUGGUGUCGAUACGCGAGUACUAUGAAAAAUGCGGCAAGGAGAUGCCCUCCUCUAAAGGCAUAAGUCUUCCUAAUGACCAAUGGGAUAAGCUGGUGAGGCACAUUGAUACUGUACAGGAGGCUAUUGAACACUUGUCAUAG